CGUGUACGAGCUGGAAGAGAGUGUUCCUGACGACGACUGGGAAAGUGGCGCCGGAACAAAACAUCACCGGAAAUAGAGUGCAUACCAUGCCCCUUCCGCUGCUGGCCUCCAGUAAGAACCCGGAGGAGAAACUGCAGACGUACAAGAAGUUCAUGUUCGUGCGUCAUCCCUUUGAGCGUGCUGUCUCGGCAUUCAGAAAUAAACUGGAGGAAAGGGAUGGGGUCGUAGAGUUCAGCAGCACUGGGAAGAAGAUAGAGAAGAAGUACAGAGGCACAACCGAGGCGAAAGGACACAACGUUACCUUCUCGGAGUUCAUUCGCUACAUCUCCGAACUCGGACCCGACACGCCUUACCAGCAAAACGACCACUGGCUGCCCAUGCACGAGCUGUGUGCCCCGUGCUCCGUGGAGUACGACUUUAUCGGCAGGAUGGAAAACCUGGAAGAAGACGCCGACUACGUACUGAGGUGGCUCGGGGUGAGGGAGCUGCUGGUAGGCGGAUUCCCAGCGGCGAUCAACGCAGUCAAGGCAAGCCAGCACGUCGCCAAGUACCUGGAGCAGCUCACCCGGGCGGAGCGUUUGGCUUUUUACGCAAAGUUCCUGCCUGAUUACUUACUCUUCGAUUACAGGUUCUUGUGAAGGAGGAAAACGUAGGCUAUCAAAAAUCAAUAUUUCUUUCAAGUCCGAGCAAACCCAUUCCUCGAAA